GGUCAAUAAACGUACCGCGUAGUAAGUAAGAUGAAGGGAUCAUGACUUCCAUAGUAUAUUAAUUCGCAGUAAGUAUAUCAAUUGACUUUCUUUUUCUCUUCUUUCAUUCUUUUCCUUCCUGUCUUUCCUGCAUCUCCAUCGACAGUAUCAAUAUCAUCAAUUCAAUAUGGCCGGCCAUCGAAGCCGCACAACUGGGAACGACAAUGCAUAUAACGCCAAACAAAGCACCUAUCUCCGUCGAGACUUAGAACAAGGCAGACCCUCGAAAGAUCGAAAAUACAGAUUUCGCGAUCAUGGACCUUUGGAGCCAGAUGAUCGAAGACGAGAAGAAUUCAAGAUGAAAUUGUUGGACGGGGUGAAAAGUUCGAGUUUAGAGGACUUCCGCAAGAAAGAUGAGGAGCUCAAAGAAAUGCCCAAAUCCGUCCGCAGUUUCUACGAAGAGCAAAAUAAUCGUCUAGAUGACUGGCUCGAAGUAAACGCCCUCGUCCAGGCCCUUGCAGAUGAUAUCCUCGAAUCUUUCGAUCCGCGAGAUGACAACGGAGACGGCGUUGCAGAAGGCGGCGGUGCUUUACAAGACACCCAAGGAUUUGUCGAGCCCUUCCUGCCAGAUGCCGAACAACAGAAACGGCAAAAAUCUCGACGGAGCGCAAAAUGGGCAAUCAAUAUCAACGUCAUCGCGAAUAUCAUCUUGCUGGCUGCAAAAGCCGUGGCGGCUUUCUAUUCCUCGUCUCUCUCCCUCAUUGCUUCGUUGGUGGAUUCCGCUCUCGAUCUUUUGUGCACGGUGAUUGUAUUCACGACCAACCGAUUGGUGCAGUGGCGAUUGAUGAGCUUGAAACGCAAAUUUCCCGUCGGAAGAAAAAGAUUGGAACCCAUUGGGAUUUUGGUCUUCUCCAUCAUCAUGAUUAUUUCAUUUCUGCAAAUCCUUCAGGAAUCGGCCGAGAAACUCAUGUCCAAGGGUCCGCACAAAGCAAAGGAAUUACCCGUCAUUGCUAUCGCGUCGAUGGCUGGCACCAUUGGUCUCAAGGGACUUAUUUGGUUCGGAUGCAUUAGAAUCAAAACCACCCAAGUACAAGCUUUGGCUCAAGACUGCAAAACCGACGUCAUCUUCAACACCCUCUCCCUCAUCUUCCCCUACAUCGGCCACGCCGCCAAAAUCUGGUGGCUGGACCCCCUCGGCGCCGGACUGCUCUCCCUCUUCAUCAUCUACGACUGGGCGUCCACCUGUCUGGAGAACAUAUUCCGCCUCACCGGUUCCGCCGUCGACGAUCGUCUCCAGCAAAAACUCACGUUUCUCGCGUGGCGCUUUUCCCCGCUCGUCAACGGAUACAAAAGCAUCACGGCGUAUCAUGCAGGCGACGGGGUUUGGGUCGAGGUGGAUAUUCUGUUGUCCGAGGGAACCACGCUGGAAGAGGCUCAUGAUGUGGCGGAGACGUUGCAGUAUUGUUGUGAGGGGCUGCCCGAGGUGGAUCGAGCGUUUGUGACGUGUGAUUAUGCGGUUCAGGGCCCGACGGGGCAUGCGAUGGAGGGGAUUAAUUGAGGAUGCUAUGGACGUGGGGGUUUCUGCAUGUAGAGAUAGAUGCAGGGAAGGGGUGAUGAGUUAGGAAGUUGGAAUAGAAGUGGAGAAGGAGAAGGAGAUUUCAUGAUUCGAUGAUUUUUUAUACAUGAAAUUGGAAGUUGGAUGGAUAUAUAUAUAUAUCUAUCUAGGUGUAGUUAUUUAUGACUUGGAUAAAAUGCGGAUAUUUCAGACAGACAGGAAUGGGAUACUUAUUAGGCUUCUAGGCGCAUUUGGGCAUGGGAUGGCAGCGGAGUAUAGCGCAGAAGGCGUCGAUCGAUAUUUUUUAUGUAGAAAAAAGAAAGGGUAUAGCUUAUAGAGAAUUAUGAGCUAGAUAUAUGAGAAUAUUAAUAUUUACUCUGUAAUAGAUAGGGAUGUGUUUUCGAAAUCUUAUUGUGGAAUUAUACA